CUGUGGCAUCUUGUUUAUUCACCGCUUGAUUGCGCCCGGUGUGUGUAUAAACGCGUCACUUGUGAUAUUUUUCUAAGGCAUAAAUCGCGACGAGAAACUUCGCAGAAAUAUAACCGAAGGUGAAGUAAGUUUUCCAUACGAAAUUCAAAAUGUCGAUUGGCGUACCCAUCAAAGUACUUCACGAGGCCGAGGGUCACAUCAUAACCUGCGAAACGAACACUGGUGAGGUGUAUCGCGGCAAGCUUAUCGAGGCCGAAGACAACAUGAACUGUCAGAUGCAAAACAUAACAGUGACUUAUCGGGACGGCCGAGUCGCUCAGCUGGAGAACGUGUACAUACGCGGUUCGAAGAUACGAUUUCUUAUACUACCGGACAUGCUGAAGAACGCGCCUAUGUUCAAACGACCAGGUGGCAAAGGUUCCGGCACUGCUGGCAGAGGAAAGUCUGCUAUACUACGCGCUCAAGCUCGCGGUAGAGGAAGAGGACAACAGAAUCAAAGAGGCAAAGGUACUGGCUCCGCACCUUGGCUUAAUCAACAAGGUCAACCUGGUGGGUCUCAGGCUGGAAGAGGCAGGAGUUAAGCCUACAAUAAAAUGUAUAUACUUUUCUAAUGUUAAAAUAAAAUUGUGAUAUUA